AAUGUUGUUUUUAUAAAAAUAAUUUAUCUGUUUUGGCAAAUGUAUUAAACGAUAUCUGUCUUUGUCAUUAGUGUUGUUGGAAUUAAAUAAUGAAUUAUUAGGUUUAUAAUGGUUAUAAAAUAAUUUAAUAAAAAAAUACUCAAAAUACAAUAUAGCCGAUUAUUAAAAAUUUAUCGACUGUAGUUACUUGCUUGAUAGCCUUAAUAGUCAGUUAUUUAUUUAUAUCUCUUGGUUAUAUACUUUUAUUUACAUUUUUAUCACUAGCUGAGAAUCUAAUCUUUCCCUUUGACUUGGUACUUCUGAGAUUUACGUCAUAUCAUAUAAACAACCAUAGCACAGAAUGUAUUUAGAUAGUCAGAUUUGAUGCUGGUUUAAGAAAUAUAAUACCUAUUUACUACCGAGUAGACUGGCUGAAUCAGAGAAUCAUAAUCUACCAAAUAAGACUGAAUCGUAGUUUUUCCUAUUGUUUGGUCUUGGUAUCAGUUGGUCUACCAAAGGUUUUGACGGCUGGAACGGAAAGAAAGAGAAGGCUAUGAACACAGUGAUAAUUUUUCUAGCACUUUAUUUCUACGAAUCAAGAUGUGACUCGAACAUUCCUAUUGUUAUUACUACGUGGAAUUUUGAAAAUUCUACGAUUAAAGCUUGGGAUAUACUAAGUGAAGGAGGUUCAUCUUUGGAUGCCAUUGAGAAAGGUGCUACGGUAUGUGAGGUACAGCAGUGUGAUGGAACAGUGGGCUUUGGCGGGAGUCCUGAUGAAGAUGGUGAGACCACCCUUGACGCACUUAUCAUGGAUGGGAGAACUAUGAAUGUUGGGGCAGUUGGUGCUCUGCGAAGAGUCAAAAGUGCUAUAUCAGUAGCCAGGCAUGUUCUAGAACACACCAAGCAUUCAUUCCUUGUGGGAGAUCAGGCUACCCAGUUUGCUUUGCAAAUGGGAUUCAAAGAAGAAACACUCGUUACUCCUGAUUCUAAAAAAUUAUGGAUGAAGUGGCAUAAUGAAGAUCAUUGUCAACCGAAUUUCUGGAUGAAUGUGCAACCUAAUCCAAAUGAAUAUUGCGGUCCAUAUAGGAAACUAGAUACACAUGGUAAACAUAAGAAUUUUUAUAAGAAAUCUGAAAGAGAACAGAAGAGAAUAGUAGUAGAUGAAUUCAACCAUGACACUAUUGGUUUGGUAGCUGUAGACAAAAAUGGAGAUGUAGCAGCAGGCACUUCUACCAAUGGUGCAAAAUUUAAGAUUCCAGGGAGGAUUGGCGACUCUCCGAUACCUGGGUCUGGCGCAUAUGCUGAUAACGCCGUUGGUGGGGCUGCAGCCACUGGUGACGGUGAUGUCAUGCUAAGGUUCCUUCCAAGUUUUUUAGCUGUGGAGGAAAUGCGACGAGGAGCUUCACCGAAUAAAGCGGCUCGAACCGCGAUUCAGAGAAUAGUGUCGCAUUACCCAAGUUUCUCCGGGGCAGUUAUUGCAUUAACCAAGGACGGCGAGUAUGGUGCAGCCUGCCACGGAAUACAAACAUUCCCUUAUGUUGUACAAGACAAUACACGCGAGACAUCUGAAGUUAUUACCAUUAACUGUUAACAUGAUACGAUGUAUGAAGGUAGUUUGAAAAUAAAUAAAUGGCACUUU